AUGUUAGCCACGUCUGGAUCAGCUCCGUCGACGUCGUCGCAGCGGCAGUUGCAGGGCCUCUUGACGCGACGUGCGGUCACUGUCGAUCCCAAGAACGCCGCGCAAUACUUCGGCCACGUGGCUGCUGUCGUCCGGGAGAACGAAGACAUCACAAAGCUGCGGACGUACAACCUCAAGAGAAGAGCUCUAGUGGCCUACAAGGGGUACGAAGCUGUUCUGAGUCGCAAGAAACGCACGUCAACGGGCAGCAGUGUCAAGCCAUCAACCGGUGCAAUGACGUACACCUCGCGACCGGGCGCGGUCUCGGUUGAUAGUACCAAAGCUACAUUCAAUCCAGCAGCGGUCCUACAAUUGCAGGCAAUGCUUCCCCGAUCGCAGCCAGUAGCAGUCAAGCCAGCUCCUAGCAUACCAGCAGUGUCGUCCGUGAUCCCAUCGACGACGUUGGCGACACCGACGGUGACGUCUUCAGUAACGACGGGACGGAUGACUCCAGCACAAAUUCAACUGCACCAGCAGCAAAUGAAGAGCGCCCAGCAGCAGCAGCAACCGUCAAAGAGAUCCGACUUUGUUGUGGGUACGACAGUGCUCAUCCGGAACACUGCCGAUCUGAUCGCGUGUGGAGCCCGGAAUUUGGCGGGCAAGAUGGGGCGUAUAGUUGCAGCCCCUCAGAUAUACGGACAAGAGCUUUACUCUGUCUACAUUGACGAACACGAAGCGCUGUUCCAGGUUCCAUUCAACGCGUUGACGCUUGUCGCGCGUCCAACGCCAAACCAGCAACAGCAGACACAAGCGACACAGAAAAUGCAGCAGAUGCAGGCGCAGCUUGCCGCAGGAGGGCGGCAACGCUCUCAAAGUGGCAAUGGCAAAGCAUCGAGGGGAUCGAAAUCAGCCGAGCAGAUCAAGAUGGAGCACUCAUUUCAACUGCACCGUCUAAUGCAGCAGCAAUAUCGUGAAAUUCAGGUACUGCAACAGCGCUACGCAGAGUGUCGACUAGUGAAACCGACGGCGCUGUCAGGCAUUCAGAAGGAGCUGUCCAAGCUGCGACUUGUGCAUCUUUCCCAAGUGCAAACCCUGAAGAGCAAACAGGCGUUAGACAUGAUUGGCAAGUAG